UCCUCAGCCGGCCACCCCCUUUUGCAGGGAAGGGAACCAUCAGGAAAAGCCACGUAACCCCCAGCUGGUGCAUUUGGGUGGAUUUAUGUGAAAUUCCGGAGGAAGAGGCCUCUGGUUGCCAACAGCAUGGACUUUCUUGAAUUGUGGGUGGUCAGAAUGGGUAUGGGAAGGGAAAUCCUUGCUAUUGCACAUUCUACGCUUGAUGACGGAUUACUAAACUAAGCUUCUGGACUACAACUCUUCAAGAAUUUCAACAAGGGGAAAGACAACACGAAUCGUACAAUAAAAGGCAAUCAUACUGAAGAAGAAUCCCUGUGAAUAUAUUCUUGUGACUCAUUAGACAAAAACAAAAAAAACAUGGCUUUGAUGCCCAUAAAAUUUGACUUGGCCAAGCGGGUUAAGCUGGCCCAAACACUGUGGCUCCUGUACUGGCUCUCUGUCAUGGCUGGGAUCCUCAUCUUCAGCAUGGGGAUCUUCUUCAAGAUCGAGCUGCGUAAGAGAAGCGAGAUGAUGGAUAACAAUGAGAGCCAUUUUGUGCCCAACCUGCUCAUUCUGGUGGGACUCGUGGCCUGUGGUGUCAAUGCUUUUGGGGGCAAAGUGUGCCAUGACUCCCUUGACACAAUAAAGUUCAGCAAGUGGAAACCGAUGUUGAGAACCUACAUGUGCGGAUGUGUGGUUUUCUGCAUCACCCUUUUUGUCGCGGCUCUGCUCUGUUUCCUGAUGCAGAUCUCUCUGCAUUUUGCCCUCGCUGAAGGCCUAAAGAAUGGAAUGAAGUACUACAAAGACACAGAUACGCCAGGACGAUGCUUCAUGAAGAGAACCCUAGAUAUGACCCAGAUCGAGUUCCGCUGCUGUGGAAACAACAACUACAAGGAUUGGUUUGAGAUCCAGUGGAUUAGCAACCGCUACCUAGACUUCAGCAAUGAAGAGGUUAAAGCCCGUGUCCAGAGCAACGUGGAAGGCAAAUACUUGAUGGAAAGUGUUCCCUUCAGCUGCUGCAACCCUGGCUCCCCCCGUCCUUGUAUCCAACAUCACUUGACCAACAACUCCGCUCACUACAGCUACGACCACCACACUGAGGACCUAAACAUCUGGACCAGAGGCUGCCGUGAGGCCCUGGUGUCCUACUAUGGGGGCAUGAUGAACAGUAUUGGUGCUUUUGUGUUGCUGUUCAUUAUCAUGCAGGCUAUCGUGACUGUCGGUUUGCAGUACCUGACUACUUCACUGGAAACCCUGGCAGACCCAGAGAGUCCUGAGAGCGAAAGUGAGGGAUGGCUGCUGGAAAAGAGUGUGAAGGAAACACUUUCUGACAUCAUGACAAAGAUCAAAUCGCUGUUUAAAGGCAACCAGGUACAGGAGGGAGAUGCAGAAGCGGCUCCCACAUAAAGCUGAGAGAGUCAUGCCCCCUCCCGCCCCAUCAUGUCUGUGGCCACUCCCAUCUUUGGGAGAAGGAAAGCAUGAAAGGUUGAUUAAAAUGUUCUCUCUUAAAAAUAUAGGUGUAUAUGCAUACAUAUACGAUCAAUACACCUAUUUUUAAUGAGAUUCCAAUUGAUAUGUGAAUGUACACAUCACAAUGUAAAUACAAAUUAAAUUUAAAUUAACAAGUUUAUUUUUUAAUAUUUUAAGAAUUAAAUAUAUCUGUAAAUGUCCCGAUAUUAUCAGAUUUUCCAACCAAAUAAGCCUCACUGUCAUCAUCCGUCUGUAGCAUUAUAAAGUUUAUUCUUAUAUUUCCAGUUUAUUCAUUGGUUGAGCGGAUGUUUAACCCGACAGCCUCACACAUACAAUACCACAUUUCAUCGUUUUAUCACUAUGAAAUUACUUUUCAUUAAUAAGUUAUUUUUCUUGAAGGGGUCACACGGCAGCUUUUAACCCGGCAGCUGAGAAAAAUGUGUUUUUGUAAACGAUCAGUCACCUCCAAGACCUUACAGGGAUGGAAACAGUGGCACACCUUGCUUUUUACACAACGCUGCCUUUAAUGGGCCUUAGGUUGUCUGACGAUUUUCAAAAGCAUGUUGAUGGUGAUCUACAGGAGGGCAGAAUUGUACACGUUCACCAUUAAUGUGUGUAGUUCUCGGGUUAAAUAUCUGCCUCAAAAGUUGAGCUCACAGUUGUGGGGCAGUUACAGAAGUUGUCAAGAGUACCAAUUUGUAAAAGAUUCUAGUCAGUUGAUUCUAGUCAGACAACCCAGUCAGUUGUAUUUUUUUUUUUUCAUAUCAUCAGUGUGAAUUUUUAAUUUUCACAGGCACCUCUUUCUGUACAUUUGACCUUGACUUUGCAGUAAUGUCAGUUUUUGUUGUGGAUUGAGUGGAUCAUGUAGAAAACUCCAUUUGUAAGAUAAAGACCUUUAAUUAGAUUUGGUGUUAUUCUUUUCACAAUAUAUUUAUAGUUGCAGAGUUAGCUCUGCAUAGAGGUGACUCUUUGUUUCUGUUUUAAGACUAUUUAAAAGACUUAAAUAUGAGGGGUGAAAGUGGGGUAAGUUAAUAAAUGGCUGUGGAGCUGGUCACAGGUGAAAGAUGUUUGGACAGCAGAAGCCCAGCGGGACACAGCUUUACCUGAUUGGAUGACGAGAAGGAAAUGGAUUUCUCUAAAUGAGGCUUUUGUCCUGCUGAGAACAGCUGAACUCCCAUCCUCAGAAUACCUUUGGAUAAAAAAAAAAAAAAAAAAACACUAACACAAAUGUGUUAGUUAACAUGUUUAAAUAUGUAUAACUAAAAGUGCAUGGAUAGAGACUUAUUCUGUUUUAAAUAGUUUCUGAUAAGUACCCCUUUACAUUCAUACAUAUUAUUCAUGGGAGAGGACAUUUCCUGCAGAGCUCUUCUGGCACAAUUUGUUCAUUGUGACUAUGUGAUUGGUGGGAUUUUCUGUACAGCAUUAUGGAUAAUAUAUAUAUAUAUA